ACAGAUAAUGCACGAUGUGGUGCUCACUAAUUGAGCUAUUUCAGUAUGUCGUACAUGGCACAGAUAUGCCGUAGUUUCCAUACAGACUUUUAAAGCCCUUGCCUUUAAUGCUUGUAUAACAUUGGACAGCCUCACAUCUGUGAAUAUUUCAAAAGUGCGUUCACAUCAGAGAUGCUAAAGGCCCAAGUCCUUCUCCUGGGGGCUCUUGUCGCCCUGUUAACGAACCACGAGGCUCUGUCAUGGCGACGUCGUCGAAGUUGCGUUUGGCACUGGAACAGUUGGAGCGCCUGUAGCGCCCCAUGUGGACCCUCCGGCACGCAGACGCGCACAGCUAGCGGCUGUGGAGCCCCGGGCCCGCAAACUCGCACCUGUAACCGGUUCUGUCACAACGGUGGGACGCUUCUGACUUCCUCGUGUCGGUGUCCACUAGGGUUCCGGGGUACCUGCUGCGAGACUCUGUGCAGUUGGCACUGGAACAGUUGGAGCGCCUGUAGCGCCCCGUGUGGACCCUCCGGCACGCAGACGCGCACAGCUAGCGGCUGUGGAGCCCCGGGCCCACAAACUCAACCCUGUAACCGGUUCUGUCACAACGGGGGGACGCUUCUGACUUCCUCGUGUCGGUGUCCACUAGACUUCCGGGGUACCUGCUGCGACACUCCCGUGGCGCUCGGCGAUCCAUGUACGGACUACGUGGCACUUGACGAGCCCUCCAGAAGUGCCGGCGUCGAAGCGACCCCAGGCGGCCCGUUCCGGUGCGACAGCGGUCUGAGGACCCAGUGGUACCGGUUCGUCAGCCCGGCGGGGGGAGAGAUCCCUACGGACUGCUCUCUACUCGCACCCAGCAGCUGCUCAACAACCGGACCUGUUUGGAUGAAAGGUUCUCUUCCAGCCAUAUCUGAGGGUAACGUCACUAGGCAGGCGUGCCGCAGGUCCCUCAGUAGUGGAGACUGUGAGGCCAACUGUUGGGACAUCAGAGUCAGGCAGUGUGAUGGACCCCCUGAACCGUACUACGUCUAUCUCUUACCCCCCACACCCGGCUGUGAUGAAGCAUACUGUGCAGGGACCAACGUGCUGUGCCCAACAGGACAGAGCUCAGAAAACUACGGCUUCACACCUGGCUGUUCGGCCAGUUUCCCAAAAAUAACGACCAACCCAAAGCUGACAAACGGCACGGAGCCUUACCAAGUCGUGCUGUUCUGUGACUUCGACCGUCCACAGUGGGACAACCUGACGAUCGAAGUCUUCUGGGUGGCCGACAACACUCCCAUCUUCGAAGACGUAUUAAUAAAUGGAGAGAGCAGAUCAAUCUUGACACAAGAUGAUCUAAAAACUGGAAUGGGAAAGACGAUAGUCUGCAAAGUCCGCGGCAGGUACAAAGGCGGAGGGGCGCCUGGCACCAUGGAAAUCAGCAAUGAGUUCUUUGCUGGAGUAAAGAUUCUUACGCAGGAUAUUUUGAUCGAAGAGGGAGGUGAGGCGAAGAACAUACAGCUUCAGCCCACACUGCCGCUUGUCUGCACAAAGUUUGCAACCGACUUUGGUGUAGCGUGCCAGCUAUCAGUACAAAUUGUUUACAAGACCGACGACUCUGCGGACAACAUCUGUGAGGAAAGUUUACAGUAUGAGGCUGUUCAGGAAACGUGCAGCCUUGACUUUAACGAGGCCACUUGGACCGGGAUCAUUGAGUUCCCAGUGAGGGCUGUGAGUGACAGCAUAGCGGACGGGUCAAGGCGCAUGAAGAUUGGAUUCAACCCGUUUUCUGCUGACCCUGCGCCUCUGUGGGACAAGUACCAAAUUGGGGACAUCUUUGUCACCACUCGCGACAACGAUCCUGACGGGGAUGUCGUGUGCAAAUCCACAGGAGACCCGCACUACACCACUUUUGACGGAAAGUACUAUCAUGUAUAUCAACCCGGCACAUUCACUCUGAUGCAGCAUCGGUUCCUCCCCAUUGAGGUUCAGACCAGGACAAGAAUGUGCAAUGCCGCCGGGAAUGUAGCCUGUAACUGCGGCGUUGCUAUCCGGGCGGGAAACGAGGUGUUCAUCAUCACAAAGUGUAAAGACGGCGUGAACAAGUUCAGCUACUCCACGGGAAAAUGGGUUCAGUUUGAAUCGUCUCUUGCCACUAAGGUGGAACAUCAUGGUCCCGUGGGGAUAGACACGCGUUUCUACUACAAAGAUGGCGGACAUCGGUUUUUGGUAAGUUUGACCAUCCUUUGCAACUACCAAACAUUCCAACGGAAAAGCGCAAAUGGCAGAUUUCUUGUAACAUGUAUUGCAAUUUCUGCCAGUCGAAAGGUCUACCUUCCAACAGGAUCAUGGAUGGAUAUUACUGCGAUAGGAUCGUCCAACCAGUAUCUGAACAUCUACUUUUACCCUUCCGCUGACGAUUACAACAAAACUCUGGGGCUGUGUGGGACGUUUGAUGGCGACAGCACAAAUGACGGUCUCCAUGCUGAUCUUGGGACAGAGCUUACCAUUGGUGACAACCAGGUGAUCACCGGCAGUGCAUUCGUCACAAGCUGGAAACUUCCAGAUGACGACAAUCUCUUCGUGGGCAGCUUGAAGCCAUCUUUUCUUCCUCUAGAUGAGCGGAGAUACUGUGAAUGUAACAUCGAAGGCUCUUACCAGGAAGUGAGGUGCGACUCGUCAUACGCCUACAACUGCCAGUGGAAGUCGGCCAGCGCAGGCGCUUCGCCUGUCGCAGAACAACAGAACGCGCGCAAGAGGAAAAGCACAAGCUACCAUGAUGAAGUCUACGACGACGACAUGUUCGGUUUCGACUACAGUGAGCCGGCCAUUCCUGUGGCUCCCCCAGCUUGGCCUGCACCAAAUGGGAUGACAGAGGCGGAGGCCAGAACGUUCUGUGAGGACGCCAUGACGGGGUCCCCGGCAGGACAGCUGUGUACAUCAGUUCUUGGAGACAAAGUUGACUUGUCUUCAGCCACAGAGUCGUGCGUGGCUGAUAUCCAGGCAACAGGCGAUACCACGUGGGCAGAAACUGCUGUAACAACCAUGGAAAGCAGUUGUGGGAGUCUGCUGUACAGGAACACUUCCUUCUGGACAAGUAACUCCACCCAGACGAAUAACGGUACCCUGACACCCCCUUCGUUCUUUUACGAAACCGUCUCAUGUCCGGAUAACUGUAGUCAAAAUGGAAUCUGUGAGAAAGGAGAGUGCAUCUGUCAGGUGGGAUUCGAAGGUCCGUCUUGCUCCUUAGAAGCAGACAAACCACCAGAAGCAUUCUUCAUCCCGAAAGAAGGUCUGUGUGACAUCAACAUCCGGCCGUGCGAACGGACUCCUGUCAUCGGCAAGAACUUCCUGGAGUCGACAAAUCUGACAUGUUCUUUACAGGCCGCAACGAUUGACAACAAUGGCGUUCAUCCUCUCAACGACAAAACUACCGUUGCGGCCACUUUUGAGAGCUUCGCCCGUGUGGUGUGUCCUCUGCCGCGGUCCCGUGUCAGGAGGAGUACGGCAGCCGGACACAGGACAACAGCCGAGGCGACGCUCGUCUCCAUCAGUAACGACGGUGUGCGCUUCAGCCCGCCGGUCCUGCUCAUCACGUAUGACGCCGUCUGUCAGGACUGUAACGUCACCGGAUUCUGUGUUCUCAGGAACAACUCCUGUGAGAUAGACGGGACUUGCUAUUCCAGUGGAGACACACAGAUCGGCAACUGGUGCAAACAGUGUGUUCCGUCAGUCAACGUGUCAGCAUGGAGUGACAACCUAGACAAUUCACCUCCCGUCUUUGAACAUACCGGCGACAUCAUUGCCUUCAUCAACCAUCAGCUGAACUUCACAGUCAAGGCAGCGGACCCGGAAAACCACCCCUACCUGAGCUACUCGCUGGUGGGAGCCUCACCCGACCCUGAACUGUCCCUGUCCAGCGAUGGUCAGCUGAGCUGGACCCCCAAACUAAACACAACCAUCAUUGUUAACGUCGCGGCUGCUGACGAGUGUGGUGCGAGUUCUACAGAAUCUUUCACGGUCAUCGCCCGUGACUGUCCGUGUCAGAAUGGCGGCAUGUGUCCUUCCUUCGCGCUGGACAGUCCUGAUAACAUCAACUGCAGCUGUAACGGUACCGGCUUCACGGGUCAGAUGUGUGACGUGGAUGUGGACGAGUGUGCGGACAGCCCGUGUGUCCAUGGAGUCUGUAACAACACCGUCGGUGGGUUCCAGUGCGACUGUGAGCAGUACUACACAGGUCCUCUGUGUACCCAGGAGACGCCAUGCUUCUCCAACCCUUGCCCUGACAACGGGACAUGCGCAGACAUCCCCGGCGCCAUCCAGUGUACCAUCUGUCCUGAGGGGUCGGCUUGUGUGGUCAUUGAAAUCCUCCUGGACCCUUGCUCGCCCAACCCCUGCUAUGCUGACGUCACCUGUGACGUAGUUGAUGACGUGUACAGCUGCGGACCCUGUCCUGCCGGGAUGACUGGUGAUGGAGUCAGCUGUGUCCAAGUAAUUGGCUGCUCGUCCCAGCCGUGCUACCCGGAAGUGACGUGUACAGAUGUACCAGGUGGACAUGAGUGUGGGGACUGUCCGCAAGGCAUGACGGGAGACGGGAAGAACUGCACUCAGGACACUGGAGUGGCAGACCAACAAGGGUCCAGCUGGUACGAGCAGCCCGCGUACAUCGCGCUGCUGUCUGUGGGGGCAGUCGUCGCCGCUGCAGCUCUGAUCGGAGUCGCUGUGUGGCGUGUCAAAGCACGCAAUGUCACCAGAGCCAAGGUGGGAGAUCUGCCGCUGGAGGACAGGGAGAAGGGCGACGGUGCCGGAAGUCGCCAUGUUGAUAUGAUGGGCCUGGAUGACAAACAUGACUAGUGUAGCAUCAACUGAGACACGUAUACAGCUUAUACCUAAGUGAUCUCUGUCUGGGUUAAGGGAAGCCUUCCAUCUUUUCUGUUAAUCUUCUUAUUUGUCAAGAGAUUGCAUCGCCUGUCCAUGAGAUAUAUAUGAGUAUACUAUAAGUUUUUUAAUAAGUUUUUUAUUCAAUUUAAAAUUAAAAAAAAACUUAUAGUAUAACUAAAGAAGUAACAUUUGCAAGACAAAUGCAUAAUGUUUACCUUCGGACAUGGUCUG